AUGGGUCGAAGAGGUCCAUUGCGAUUGGGCUUAGCCCUUGCAUUCGUUCUAGUGGCUCAACAAUCAUUGGCUGAAGAUGUAUGCAGGACAGGAUGUAAAGGAGCAUCGAAAAUUUUCAAGUAUGCUGAAGGAACCACGUACAAGUAUAACUAUGAAGGAAAAAUCGAGAUCUCCUUGUCUUCCGCCGAAGGACAAGUUACAAGCACUGAAGUUAAAGCCUUAGUAUUAUUGACUCAACAAGCAGACUGUAACCAAGUGCUCAGGCUACAGAACGUCCAGAUUAUUGGACCUAAUGGAAAGAAAUUGGGCAGCAUCCCGGACAUCGAGCGCCCCAUUCGCCUCAACUUCCACGACGGGCACAUCGAGGACAGCAUCUGCAUCGAAGACGGUGACACCCAGAACUCGCUCAACGUCAAGCGGGCAGUCGCCUCGCUCUUCCAAGUCCGCCCCAGGGACGCCCACGAGACGGACGUGUUCGGAGUCUGCCCGACUGAGACCGCCCAGCACAACGAAGGCGGUGAUGUGAUCGUGCAGAAGCGCAGGGACUUGAACAAGUGCGCGUACAGGGAGAACGUCAGGCAGGACUUCUUCAGGACCACGUUCAAUCUGGACAGUGAAAUCAAGGCCAGUCCGAUGCUGAACGGGGAUUACAGCGCGAAGUUGAGGAUCAAGAACGGUAUUUUGGACCAGGCAACGGCCAACGAGAGGUACCUGUACGUCCCAUUCUCGGUGGGUGAACAUGGUGCCAGAGCAGAAGUCAACAGCAAGCUACACCUGGUAGGCACUUCCAAGGAGAACCCCACCGUCAAGUGGAGCAAACCCAGGACCAUCCUGUUCGAAAACCCUCACCCGGUAGUAGCUCCAACCAGCAACGUGAACACAGUCGUCAACGCAGUCAAAGAAGUCGAUAAGACCGUCGAUAUCGUCGUCGGAGAACAAACGGCUAGACAGUUCGUCAACUUGGUCAAGACUGUCAGAGUGGCGAAGAAGGAUGAUCUUUUGGCGGCUUACAAUCAGGUGAAAUCUGGCGCAGGACUGAAAAACAAGGAUGUGGCCAAGAGGGCUUUCUUCGAUGCUCUCAUGCAAGCAGGAAGCGGAGAUGCUGUGGAAACAGCAUUGAUGUUGAUAAAGAGCAACGAGCUGAAUGAAGUCGAGAAGAGGUUCGCUUACAUCGGAUUAUCCGUUGUGAAGCAUGCCACCGAAGGAUCCUUGAAUGCUGCGACUGUGCUGUUGAACCAACCAGACCUGCCCCAAGAAGCCUACCUCGGUAUCGGCAACCUGGCAGGCCGCUACUGCAGCCAGCACUCCUGCGAGAACGUCGAGGCCAUCAACAAGCUCACCCAGCGCCUGAUCCAGAAACUCGGCUCAGGCAAACCCGCCAACAAGAAAUCGGAAACCGAGAUGGUGUUCGCCCUCAAGGCUCUGAAGAACUUCGGCCACCUCAACGACAACACCCUGCAGAAGAUCAUCGCCGUGGCGCAGAACAAACAGGCUCCCAACAGGCUCAGGGUCGUCGCCCUGGAGACCUACGCCGCCGCUCCCUGCAAGGACAAGCUCAGGAACAGCGCGCUGCACGUGCUGCAGGACAUCCAGCAGGACUCGGAAGUGAGGAUCAAGGCCUACUUGGCGCUCGCGCAGUGUCCCACCGCGAAGAUCGGGAACGCUGUCAAGGCCAUGUUGGCAAAGGAGCCCAGCUACCAAGUCGGAGGUUUCAUCAGUUCGCACAUCCGCGGCAUCCGAAACUCCGCUAACCCUGACCUCCAACUUGCCAGCCAACAUCUCGGAUUCAGUCUGCCGAAGAAGUUCCCCGUAGACCCGCGGAAAUACUCCUUCUACAACGAGUUCUCCUACUCCGUGGACACUCUGGGAGCUCUGGCAUCGGUGCAGCAAGACAACAUCUACUCGCAGGACUCGUGGUUGCUCAGGUCUCACAGACUGAACCUCACCGCCGAGGUGUUCGGCCAUACCUUCAACUUCAUGGAGUUGGCCGUGAGACAGGAAAAUCUGGACAAGCUGGUCGAGCACUAUUUCGGUCCCAAGGGCCUUCUGAAGGCUUCCUCCAUCUCGGAACUCCUCAAGAUUAACGGAGAAGCGGCCAGUGAGCUAUUUAUGUAUCUCGAGCGAAAACUGAGUGAGACCCUACGUUCUAGACGAGAUGUAUCCAGAGCUGAAAUCGAAAACAUCGGCAAGGCCGUCCAGAUCAAAGAAAACGAACUGAACAAAGACUUGGACGUUGAUGUGAGCGUGAAGUUGUUCGGCUCUGAAGUAUUAUUCGCUAACCUGAACGGCAACCAACAAGAACUGUCUCCUUUAGCAAUCAUAGACAAGAUCAUCGAUGGCUUCUCCAAAGGAUUAGAUAAGUUGAAAGGAUUCAAGGAAACUCUGCGCUCCAACAUGAUCUUCCUCGACGCCGAACUCGACUACCCCACAGGACUGGGAUUCCCCUUGCGCCUAGCCGUAGAAGGAACCUCCAACUUGCAAGUACAAGCUGAAGGGCAAGUAGACGUGCGAGCACUAUUCAAUAACAGAGACACUACCGCCCACGUCAAAUUGAUACCUAGUGCCAGCAUCGAGGUGGCCGGAAGGAUGACCUUGGACGCAUUGGUAGCCGAAAACGGUCUCAAGGUUGCUUCUACGCUCUAUACUGCCACAGGAGGAGACAUCACCAUCAAUCUCUUCAGCGGAAAGAACGACGGGGUGGACGUCAAAUUCGGUUUGCCUGUCCAAGACCAGAAGAUCAUCUCUGCCAACCACGAGAUCGUGUUCGUUAACAGAGAACAAAACGGCCACGAAUCUCUGUCACCGUUGAAGUUCGCGCAAGCAAAGGACUUUUCCAUCUGUCUGGAUCAACUCAGUCCCUUCAUAGGUGUUGCUUUCUGCGCCGAGGUCAAUGGGCCUAACCUAGCUGGUCAGAAAGUACCGCUUCUACCUUUCCCACUAGCAGGAGAUGCCAAAAUCGGUGUGAAUAUCGAAAACGAAGACGUCCUUGAAUACCAUCUGAGAGCCAGCCAAUCCAAUUUCAGGAACGGAGAAAUAUUGAUCGAAACCGUCGGCAAGAACAAGCAGAACAAAUUCAGCGUGCAAAUAACCGGGGAAUAUUCUCCUGAGCACUAUGUCAAGGCCGUUUUCAACUCACCAGUGAAAUCAGGUUCGGUCGAAGCUCGAGUGACUGACAGCGGCAAAGAGAAAUCUUUGUUACUGAAAGCGAGCCAUGACCAGGAAGAGUUCCAUCUUAAAGUCGGGGUUGCUAUAUCGGGAACAUCAGAACGCGCAGUUUACAACCCCAUUUUGGACUACAAGGGUCCUGGUGGAGAACAACAGCUGCCGGUGAACGUUGAAGGGCAGAUCAUACUAGAACAGAAAGGUCGCAGUAAAAAGUACAACUUCAACAAUGUUAGGCUGACUUUGCCCAACACUAAGGUCAUAUCCAUCAAUGGAAAUAUCGGAAAUGAUGACAGGGACCUCUUUAGUGACCUCACAAUUGCCGAAGGACAACUAUCUGGAACAGUUAAAGGUCGUCUACAUGUGGACGAACUACUUUUGAAGCUGAACGCAGAAGUAACGAACACCUUCAAUCCCAUGGUGAACUUCAACCUCAAAGGGGAGGUGAAACGAACAAGAGACCACAGCCAAUACGACAGCACCUGGCAACUCAUCCACGGUCCCGACCUAUCCUCCAAAAAGAACAUCCUAACCAUAACUAACUCGGUGACACGCCGCUACAAGAACUCCAACGACUAUACCGUGGGAUGCAAACACAGGCUGACCUACCCCCUCGUCGGAGUCAAUGCAGCAUUCGAAUUCGAGCAGACCCCCAAGAGCUUGGACUACGAGUUGGACUUUGCGUACGCCGACAUCAAGUUUGGAUCGGAGCUAGAAGUCGAAGUGAACAAGAAAGUUGACGGCGAUUUCGGCCUUCAGUUCGAGAUCCACGGCCUGAAGAACAAGGUAGCCUUGAGAGCCAACCGACAAGUCACAGGCUACCAAAGCAAGAUCGACAACGAACUCAGCAUCAACGGAAUGAAGAUGGAGGUCAGAGGUACCAUCAAGCACCAACUGAAACCGAACGAUGUCGACAUCGGAGCAGACUUGACGGUCAUACUCCCGACUCACCCUACCCCAUUCAAGGUGGACAGCGGGCUAAAAUACAACCCCGAAGAAGUAGAUGUGCACCACAAGGUGACCAGUGGCAGCGCAACCGUCAUCGAUGCUUUCAUCAAGGCCGACAAAGACGGAAACGCGAACGGUAAUGUCAAGGUCAAUAUCAAAGACGUGGUGAUUAUCAAUGGCCAGUUGAAGGCCGUCAAGGGCAUCGGUAACGGUGAUAUCUUGAUCGACGUGCAGAGCUUGAAAAAGGAAGUGAAACUCGUCUCGAACUUCCAAGUGCAACCGCCCACGACAUACAUCAUUGAGCUCACCGUUUACCCUUCUUACGAGUCGAAGAAGGAUCAAAAGAUCGUGCUGUCGACCAACAACAAGAUUUCUUCCACCAAUGUAGAUUCUAGAAACAGCAUCGAUGUGCUAGGUAGAAAGCUCGAGGCCAAUAUCAAAGGAACCAAGAGCGGAGACCUCUCCAGCGGCAAAGUGAACGGAGAAAUCGAGGUUAUCCUACCUACUGACCAGUACUUGUUGGGUAAGGUCAGUUGCGACCACAAAGACAGCAACCGCAUUUUGAACGGACACAGUUUGGUCAGUUUGGAGUACAGGCAGAACAAGAACACAAACGGCCGCAAGGUCAGUGUUAGCACUACUUACAAAGAUACCAAUCCUGACGAAGGAGUGUACGAUACGACUGUCAAUGUGGCUGCUGACGACAGCAAUGGCAAGAACAUCAAUGGCGAUUUUGUGUUCAAGAGUGGCAAGCAAGGAGAAGCUAGAGUUGUAGAAGGCUCGAACAAAAUUUACGGCUCCAUUCUACCUAACCCACUGUCUGUUUUGUGGAAAGCAAAAUGUCAUGCUGGAGUUGGUGACUACGGAAUAUCUUCAUCUUAUGGACCAAAUGCUGCAUUGAAAAUUGACGGUAAAUAUGACCUGGAAAAUACUGACAGACCACUUUCGGGAGAAGUUAAACUCGAAUUGACCACACCGAGCAAAGCUUUGAGAACUCUGAAAGCUGGAGCUUCUGGAUCUUUAUCAGCACCAAAGGGACCAAGUGAAUCAGCUCAGGUUCAGGGCACUGUCAAUCUCUUCGCAGAUGACGAUGGUUCCGUUCCAGACCCCAUCAUUGACUUCAGUGGAGAAGGCCUGGUUAAGGCUUCAGAAAAAGAUGGAGAAAUCAAGGGAAGCAUCAACUACGGCAAGCUUGGCCCAGUAUCAGCAGCAGCCGGCUACAGCGUCAAGGAGAACGGCAAGCAAAAACAACUGAACGGCAACGUCGCGGUGCAAUACGGCCAAGGCAAGAACCUCAAGGUCGAAGGGUCAGUCUCCAGGAAGGACGAGAACAACUACAACCUGGACGCUACCAUCAUCACACCCUACGAAGGCUACAAGAAGACCGUGCUAUCAGUGGACACCGAACGUUCCGAGGACAGAAACCACGUCAAGAGCAAAGUGGCCUUGACCAGCGACGGGAAAGAAUGGAAGGUCGACACCGAGAUCAGCGCCUCCCAGAUCGCCCCCUUAGUCAACAUCCAAGUGAAGUGCCCUAAAGGCAAACGCAGCCAACUCUACGUGAAGGCCAACAGAGCCAGUGCCUCCCAGUUCGGCGGUGAAUUCAAGAUCCUGUGCGAAGAGCGCGACUUCUUGCUCGAAGGCAAGCUAGACGCUAACGUCGACACCAUCGAGAACUUCAACAUCAAAGGCAACGUUAACUCGCCUGCUCUGAAGCUCAACAAGAUCUCCUUCGAGGCCCACAACCAGCCCGGCAAAACAGGCAGGAAGAUCCAAGUGGUCGUCAAGUCUGCCAACCAGAACUUGAUGUCCGGCAGUACCAACUACCAAGCUCGGGAAGAGCACGGUAAAUACAUAGUCGAGGGAUCCGGGUCGUUUAAGAUCAAGGAAGAAACCAGGGCUGCCAACUUCAAGUACAUCAUCAGCAAUCUCUCGUCCGCGAAGAACGGUGAGGAAGGUUUCGAGAUCGCUUUCGAUGGGGCGAUCGGUAACAAUGCCGUUGAUGCAGAGCUGAAGGUCACCAACAAGCAGUUCAGGAUCCUGAACUCUUACUGCGAGAAGAAUAAGGAGUGUGCUCAUUUCGAAGUUGAUUCCAAGGAGUCUGGAGAGGAUCUGGACAACUACCAACACGUCCUCGAGAUCACCGUGGACCUGCGCAAGCUGGGCAUCCCCAACCAGUUCGGCCUGAAGUCUGUCACCAACCUGAAGAACCGCCAGCUGGACCACACGGUGGACGUCCAUUUCCAGAGCCAAGAGAGCAGCAAGUACCAGUACAGCGUGUACCUCCACCCCAAACAGGCGGCAGUCACGCUCACUACUCCCAAAAGGAUUGUGUCCCUCGAAGCAACCGUUGACACUUCCGAAGUCAUAGAGAAAGGCGGUAAGGUUUCCGGCGAGGUGGCCUUCUAUUUGGACAAGCAGAACCAGCCGAACAAGAAAGCUGCUGUUACUGGAUCGGUGGAUUACGAUGUUGCCAAGAAGAGCAUCAAAGGAGAGGCCAAGUUGUCGCAUCCUGGUUUGAAUAGGGGGGUGAGCAUCACACGCUAUGGAUACUAUACCUUUUCAACUUUAAUUCCGGAACCGUCAUUAUCAGUAACCUUCGCCUCCAAGCUGAACGAAAACAAGCCUCUGAUCGACUACGACAUCUCCCUGGAAGCGAUAGCAGACAUCUUCGCCGAUCCCGCUCAGAAGCUCGUGACCACAUACAAGUACGAACAACGCGUCAAUGCCAAAUUGGUCAGCUUCCUCGAGAACAUGGAAAUCAAGAGUGCCGGCUUGGGAAUCGAUUCGCGCUACGCCCAAGAAGGGAAAUUCAACAGAGAAUCUCUGGACGGCUUUUACAACGCCCACGUCACUUACCAAGUGGGAAAUUCCAACUACAACAACGCUAUCAGUCUAAAGGGCGGAAGGAACAACUACGAGUUGCUAUUGAAACUGCUCAAUGUCGAGUUGCUCAAGGCCACCGGAAAGAUGAACCUUAAUAAGGAGUCUCAGACCAUCGACUCGGAGGUUUCCUCCUACAACAAGGAAGUGCUAGUCAGUCAUGUUGAAAUCAAAAAGCUCAGUACCAUAUUUGCCACGGUUGGAUUCAAAAAUACUCCGAAAGAUAAGCUUCAGUUCAACGCCGGAUUGGUACCUGGACAAGUUGCCGAUUUGCGUGCAGACCACUUGACCAGCGCCGGUAAAACCAACCUCUUCCAAGCCUCCCUCAAACUGGACGAAGCCAACUUCCUCAAACCCGACUACAGCGUCAACUCCAAGGAAAUCGAAAAGGUCAUUGCUAAAUCCAGACAGAGACUCACCAAUUACAUCAGCGGCAUCCAGAACAUCAACAAAGAAUGGAGCAACGACAUCCGCAAGGAAGUCACUCAGCUGGGCGAGAUCUCCAGGAAGGCCGCCCCCGAUCUACAGCCCCUCAGGCAGUACUACGCCUCCGAGGUAGACAAGCUCCAGAAGGAGAUCCUCGACGACAAGAGCCUCAAGGAAACCGUCGAGGUCCUGAGCAAGCUCUUCGGCACCAUAGCCCGCUCCGCUGGUGAGAUAUUCCUGAAGCUCAGCGAGAUCGCCGAAAGUCUGGUACACUCGCUGCAAACGACUUUCGCCGGGAUCGUGGAGUCCAUCGACAAGGAGCUGAUGCCGCAGCUGAGAGCCGUAGCUGACAAGAUCUCUGUUGCCGUUGGAGAUGUCGCGAACACCGCGGUGGAGAUCCUAGCUGCGUCGUUGGCCACCGUCAGCGAACUCUUCGAAAAGUACCAACCGGAGAUCAAGCAAAUCCUUGCCGCUGUUGGAGAAAUUGGACAGGAUGCUGGUAGGUUCAUUCAAAAGGGUUACGCAGAGAUCAGGAAGAUUGUGGCUGAUGUAUUCAAGAGAAUUUCUGAGGAGGUCAAGGCUCUGCCGGUAUUUGAAGAACUCAAAGCUCAAUACGAGGAGCUUCUACACAAUGGUUUUGACAACGUGGAUGGUAUCGUCGGAGGAUUGAGAGAAAUCGCUGCUACCAUCAAAGACCUGAUUCCUGCUGAAUUGCCCAUCACUUCUGAAAUCAAUGCCAUUAUUGACACAACUGUGGAUUACUUGGAAAAGAAAAUCAGACAACAACCGGUCGACGAUUGGGCAGUCCUGGAGCGUUUGGUUACUCUCGACAUCAACCUGGUCAAGAAGAUCCUGUCGCUUAUCAACGUGCCCGAGGAAGAAGUGCGCAGGCCCGAUGUCCCCUCCCUCGACCUGUUGCGCAAGCUGCCCAAGCUGGUGGCCGUCAGGUUCUCCCCCAUCUCCUACUUGCUCAGGGAGGAUCCCACAGAGGAGGUUAUCGGGUUCUUGCUGUCGCUCAUCAAUUCGCCUAGGCAGCUGCUUCCUCCGUUCCCACUGUUCGGUAUGGUCAUCCAAGGACGCCACAUCUUCACCUACGACGGCAAGUACCUCACCUUCCCCGGUAACUGCAAGUACCUACUGGCCAGAGACGCUGUUAACGGCAACUUUACCCUUGUCGGCACCUACGCCAACGGACAGCUUAGCGCCAUCACUUUGGCCGACAAAGAGAACUCCAUCACGUUGAAGAACAACGGACAAGUCACCCUGAACAACGUCGCCAGCGACCUACCAGCUCGCACACCCUCUCUCUCCGCCUACCGCGACUACGAGAUGAUCAAGAUUAAAUCGGAUGCGGGCGUGAAAAUCGAAUGCACCCCAUCCCUUUCGGCAUGCGGCGUCUACGUUUCCGGGUUCUACCACUCGCAGGUCAAGGGUCUCCUCGGCAGAGGCAACAACGAGCCCUUCGACGACCUGACCGCUGCCAACGGCAAAAUCGCCGCGACCGAAGCCGAAUUCGCCAACUCGUACAAGAUCGGCAACUGCCAACCCGUCGCUAUCCCCACCACCGACGACGCCAGCCCCGCGUGCAACAAGCUGUUCGGCUGGGACUCGAACAUGGCCUACUGCUACCCGUUCGUCGACAACGCCCUCUACAAGCUGGCGUGCGCGCGCGGCAUUGCCGCAGACGUGCCCAGGACGGAGCAGGCCGUUGCGUCAGCGUACGUUGGAGCUUGCAGAGAGCAUGGAAUACCGAUCAGCGUGCCUUCAACUUUGGUGCAAUGCUUGAACAACGAGAAACCAGCCAGCGUCGGUGACAAAUUCAGCGUGAAAGUCCCAGCCAAAUCUGCGGACAUAGUCAUCCUAGUCGACACCAUCAAGUCCAAUGAGGUUCUCUAUUCAGACCUGGUCAAGCCAAUGAUCCAGGACUUGGUGAAAACUCUUUCCACCAAAGGAAUCAGCGACGUGGAAUUCCACCUUAUCGUCUACGGCGGCGAGAACCAGUGGCCCAGCCACGUGACCGUCGGCGGCAAGAUCAACUUCAAGGGCAAGCUGCCCAACCUGAAGUUCUCCGAGCCGUCCAAAGACCCCCGCCACAAUUACUACUCCUUGUACCCGCGGGAGUUCGGCGAUUUCAGCGAAACACUCGAGUCUCUGAUACACGACCUCCAACUGGCAUUAGGGCAGACCUUGGAGGGACAGACCUACUCGGAGGGCUACCAGUAUCCGUUCAGAGCGCAAGCUGCCAAGUCUAUCAUCGCGGUCACCAGCAAGCCUUGCGAAGUCGGAAGAUUGUUCGUUCUCCAAAAACUGAGAACCCUGCUAUUCAAGAACAACCAGAUCUCCCUACAACUGAUCACUCCCUUCGAAACUCUGAAGUUGAAGGAAGCCAAGGCCACCGACGUUAUCGGAUUCAACGACAGAAGCGUGUUCACCGCAGCUGCCAGCAAAAAGAAGCUAGAAGGCAGCAGCGAACUCUACAAGGACCUUGAUUACAACGACUACUGCGUCGAUUUCACUAUCAAGAAUCGUGGUAACGUGUUCGUCAGCGACAACUUCAUCAACGGAAAACCGGACUUCAGGAAGCAGUUCAUCCACGUGGCAGCUCACAACAUCGCCGAAGAAAUGUUGAAAGUCGAAGAAGGCCUCGACUGCGAAUGCAGAAUGAUCAAUCCGUGGGGCGCCAGAUCGAUUUGCACAGAAGUGUAUUCUAAAGAAAGGCCAACAAAAAAAGCUCCCGUCAAAUCAUGA